UGAGAACGAAGGGGAGAAAGAGGCGCGCGCGAGAAAGUAUUCGUUUUCUUGAAUCGUCGAAACGAUACCGAAACAAAGUGGAAGUUUACGAAGACAACACGGGCCAAAGGGUAUAACCGAUUUCCCUUGUUCUACGUUUCUCCGUCUACUGUCUUCGCGUUCUGGUUUCUCUGACGCGUGUGUUUAUUCGUGUACGUUUGUGGUUUCGAUGCGGGUGUGAGUGGCAGGUAGAACAUCAAGGUAUAGCGAAAAACAACGAAGCGGGAAACGGCGUCGGAACACCUUCCGAUAAGGCCGGCGUUCGAUUGUUUCCUAAACGCAUUAUUAUUUUAACGGAUGAGCUGUAACUAGACUAACGAUCACCGAAAACAGUUGGACGAAAAUGCGAUACGAGUUGUUAGGCCGCCUAGCGUAGUAUAUCGCCUAGCGGCGACGGGCCCAGAGAGAAGCGGCGGAAAAAUGGCGUCCGAUAACGAAGCCUCUUGCGCGAGUGACCCAAAUUUCGCUGUGAUCUGUUCGUUUCUCGAGUGCUUCGGCAAGUCCUGUGGGAUCGUUUAUCCAGAUAUCGCGGGCCUUCAAGAGAUGCUUGAAAAUACGCAGGAUGUACCACAACAGUUGAUAGAUCUCCACAUCAAAUUGUUACGCAAAACACGGAAAACAGUAUCACCAGAAAAGUGGGAACGAGCACUGGUUAAAUUUUGCCAUACAUAUUCUAAUCAGGAUGGAUGGGAACUCGAGCGUUUUGGUUACAAGAAAGCCCGUAUUGCUGUCAAGCUACGUUUACUCAAAGUUCUUCUGGAAACGCAAUUUGACUUGAAUCAAAAGUUUAAAAAUGAAGUGAAUAAAGUUGCAGCUAACGAAUUACGCGUGGAACCAUUGGGGAGAGAUAAAUCUGGAUUGGCAUAUUGGUGUCAACUUGACGAAGAGUGCAAUAUAAGGGUUUAUAGAGAAGAUGUAGACGAAGAGAAUUGGGAACUUGUAGCUAAGGAUCGAGAAGGCGUCGUUAAUCUCAUAAGCACUUUAUCGAAUGGAGAGGUUGGACCUAUUCCGAUCAACGAAGAUAGUAAUAGUUUAGAAAUUUCCGAAAAACCUAUUAUCGAUACGGGACAAAUUACGACAUCGCCGAGUCUGGAGGAUGAGGCUUUGCAAGAAAAUGGUAUUCGAAUUGAAGUUUCAAGCGUCAAGAAAAUGGAAAAGAUGAAAAGUGAAGACUUUGAGCUUGAGAUCGAACGACACCAAGGUAGUAGUAACGAAGCUGACGACGAUGCGGAAGAGGGAUUGGAAAUCGAGGAUGAAUUAUCGAACGAUGAAAGUUCUAAACAAAAUACCGAAGAGGACGAUUCUCAGGAAACUAUAAAAAUGGAAGCUAUAGAGUCAAAUCGCGUUCAGAUGCCCCUCUUAGUAUCGGUAUCAUCUUUAAAACUUGUAAAUGGCAAAGUUGAUACAUUGUCAGAAAAAAAAUCAGUUUCGCCUCAAAAGAAAGAAAUGAACACGAUCGAAGAAACAACAGUUACUUCCGUCGCGUCUAAUUCUAAACCCAUAGAAACAUUUAAAUCCGAAGAACAUACAAUAGUGAGUAGUUCGAAAGUUAACGCGGAAGAGUUGGUGCCUCUUAAAUCGAUCGAAACACCUGUUAUCACAUCUCCUCUUAAGUUGGCAAAUCUUUCUGAAACGAUACAAGUACACGAAGGGAAGGAGACGGUUGGCAUCGCUUUGAACGCAACAAAAAAAUCAGAAGAUUCGGUGGAACAAGUUAUGAAACCAUUCGACAAGUUACCUAAUAAAAAUAAUCUUCCUUUUCCAUCCGCGGAUAUACCAACAACGCAUUGUAAAUUAUCUGUCAAACCAAUAGAUCAAUUGGCUGCGAAUCUUGUGAGGAUACAAUCUGAAAAACUUGACAAACCGAACACAAUGAAAUCGUUAGAGAAAAUAGCUGAAAAUCUAGCAAGGUCGGGAAGUAUCGUUGGAAAUAUAGUAAACGGAGACGAUGAUAGAUUACCUCAAGACUUUUAUGCGAGAAGUCAGACGGAAAAAACCAAUAGAGGGCACAGAGGUAUGGAUUUAUCUACAUCGCCUAGAGGCUGGGAAGGCUCUAACGAACAAAAUAAGCCGAUGGAUUUCUCCGGAAUUGAUUUAUCUAGUCGAAAAUUGAAUAAAAGUAUAGACUUACCCUCUCCUGGUUACAGAACGCAAGAUUUUCAACAUAGAGAAAUGGAUCUCAGUACGAAAAAGUUAAAUAAACCGGAAGUGACAAACUUACCAUACGACGCGCGGGCUGUGAUGAUGCGUAAUCACGCAAUGGUAGCAGACUUGAGUAAAAGACAAAUGUCGUUUCCUACGUACGACAUGUCGUCUGCUCCGUAUCAUAAUACUACAAGGAUAUCUAGCAAAGAAGAUCACAGAUUACCAAAUUAUACGAUACUUCCAGAUCCAAGUAAGAUAACAGCUUUAAGGAUGAAUACAACAUCGGUAAAACGUCCGUUGGAAGGGGACGAUAUGCAACAAGACAUGUUAAAGAGAAUAAGAGCAGAUGUAAUACCAAUUAGAGGGACUAUGGAUAAAAGACCAAUAAUUGGUACUAAUUGGAGAGAUGAAGUUGGCGAAGCCAUAGAGGAACCAAUGAUGAUGGUUCAAGGCGAAGGAUCUGGUAGCGACUGCGAUGCAGUGAAUCCUGGACUUGGUGAAGCGGUUGAGGAACCUAUCAUUUUUUUUUACGGGGAAGGAUCUGGCGAAGAAUGCCAGGCGGGUAACCCGAACGAUGAUACGUCAGCUGACAAUAAGGAAAGCAAUGAAUCAAAAAACGAAGCUGAUUCUGCUACUUCAUCUUUAUCCCUGAACUCAACCGAAGACAGUCUUGUAAACGAGGUGUCUACUGGAUCGCUAGUAGCGAAUAAAAGUAACAUAAAAUUAAACAGAAAUUUCCCUCAAUCCAGCGAUAACGUCAAGAGUAAUUGUCAAAUUGUAGGCUCGACGCAAGAAAAGCCCAAGUUCAAGCCAACUCUGGGUAUUCAAAUCAUACCCAAAAAUACUAGCAGUUCCAUGAAGAGGCUAUCAAGGUGGGAUGUCGGAAAACCGGGAGAAAAAACAGAAUGCGAUAGUAGUAUCAUAUCAAACGAAAGAGACAUAUCAUCAAAGAAAAAUGAAAGUGAGUGUAAAAAUUUCACUAGGAGAAGUCAGGACGUUAAAGUUGACGGAAAUUCUGUAAAUACCGAGGAUAUAACUUUUCAAGAGAGGAACGUCGAAUUAGGAAGUCCACAAAAGAAGGGUACAGGCGAGUCUUCUGACGAACAGAAACAAAGUCUCACCGUUCAAGUCUCCGUGCAAUGUGACUCUUCUAUAUCUUUAUGUCAAGCGGAUACGUCGGAAGCAUUAGACACUUGUACAGAAGCCACGGCUACAACACGUUCGAUAAACGAGAAAAACAUUGUACAGAAUAUCUGUGAUUCGGAAAGUAUCGUUUCACGCGAGAAGGACAGUUUAGAAAAAAUAGAUAACGAAUGUAAACCGGUAGCUUCUUCUCCGCCAAGAUUUUUUUUUGGACCUAACUGUGUUUCGUAUACCUCGAAAUCGGAAGUAUCUGAAUCACAGUCCGAUCAAAUAGUUUCAACCACUAUACAAUCGAAAUCAGAAACGUUGCAAUACGAAUGCGUUUCUUCUUCGAAACCAAUGGAAGACAUAGUUUCUUCCUAUAAAUCGGACGAUUACGACGUAACGCAAACAAAUAAUAAUUCAUUGAAAAUCAAAUCGUAUACACCCAACUCCGAUAAUUCGCAUUGCGAAAACGAUAACAAAAGUAAAACAGAAAACGUUGAAGGACCAACCACCAACGCAUGGGAACAAACAGUCUCGUCGAGAUAUUCCGUAGAAGAACAACAAUGCGCGAUACCAAUGGCAGAAGCAAAUUUGUCUCGCUCGGAAUCGAAACUAAACAUCGAAGAAAAUUUAAAAUCCUGUAGUACUGUUACCACGCAAGAUCCUACUUCUAGUAGCGAAAAUACAACAAACGAAUGUUCGAAACCUGAAGAAACAGAAGCGUCGGAUGCGAUUUCGCAACCUCACAGUACGAAUGAUUUAAGUAAAGACGCUUCGGAUGCGGAACUAGAAAAUGUAAUUGCAGCACCUACCGUAACGCAAUGCAAGAUAUUAGACGAACAAUUACAAAACGAAAAGUCGGAUCUAGAGAACGAUCCCGUUAAUCCCACAGAAACUCCAAUUUCUUGUUCCGAAGACAAAGCCGAAUGUAAAUCAUCCGAUGUAUGCGCAAUACUUAAAAAUGAUGAAACGGAUUCGGUAUCGAUUAAUAAUUCGUGUACGUCAUCUUUUACUCAAAGUCCACAAUUAAAAACGGAAUACGAAAAUAAUUUAUCCGAAUCAAAUUAUCCAAGCAGGCCCGAAUGUUCCACUUAUCAAGAGGUUGAUAGUUCGGCAGAAAAAGAGAUGGAACAUGUCUCUGAAAAAGAAUUCGAUUCACCUGCUGAGACUUGUAGUAAGCACAGUGAAAAAAAUGACAAUUUUUCCGAAUUCGACAGCCAGGAGGAACGAUCGAUAGACACUGACAAUGAAAAUAUGAAAAACCAGGUUGGUUCCGAUGCGGAUUCGAUGUGCGUGAAUUAUGACAAAAAUAGUGAAAGAAUCGAUGCGUUAACAGACGUUGGUACGCAAGACGAAGUUUCAGAGGAUUCCGAAGAGAUGAGAGAAAAGACACUGGAUGACUCGGUUAUUAAAAACUCUGUGCCUGAUAUUAAUACUGAAUUAGAUUUCGCGGACAGUUCGACUGUUACUAGCUCAGAAUCGAUUGAACAAUAUAAUAAAGAUCCGUUAGUUCCUACAAUAAGUAGCUCAGAUGAUGCCUGCAUUCGAGAUACGUCGUUUCAUGAAAGUGUUAAAGUGCAACUAGAUUCUGAAAAGUCGCCCUUUAAAAAUGAAUGUCCUAUGUACAAUGUAUUACCAGAGAUAGUACCUGACACAAAUAAUUUUAAACCAUCUAAAUCUGAUACUGUUGAAACUACGAAAGAAAUUAAUUUAUCUAACUUAGCUCAAACUGCAAAUGAAUUUGAGGAUGUUGCAUCGGAGGACCGAAGUUCCUGUGCUGACCAAGAAUCGAAUAAAAAUAUGGUUAUUAAUAAUAUUUCAUUGGAAUCUGCUAAAUUACACAAACACAAAACAUCUUCCCACGAAUCUUUGUCGCACGAUGAGGACGAUCACGAUACCUCGUUGGAGUUACGUUCAUCCCCCUCUGAAGGAAAUGAAAUUAAUUCGUUUGAUGUUCCUCAAACAGAAAAAACGGAAAACAUUGCAAAUAUCGAAUUAAAUUCUACCGAUACUACGAUGAAACCUACGAUACCAGAAAUUGACGAUACGGAUCGAUGCAAAGAUGUUACAGAUCACGUUGAAGAAAACCAAGAGCAAGAUUUGACGAAUAACAUAGAAGAUGCAAACGAUUCGCAAGAAGAAAAUAUUACCGACAAAGCAGAAACGGAAGAACCGAAAGUGAAUCGGUUAAGUCCAAGCUUUCGAAAUCCUCAGGAAUCCGUGAAUGAAAUUAAACAAUCUUUAGUUCCCAAUUACGACAGCAGCGAUUCCAACGAUGGUAGCGACGACGUUUUCGAACCUGUCGAAACGGAAUCAAGCAGACCUAGAAAUAAGAACACCAGUAAUUUAGAAGGAACUGUAAUUAUUAACAAGCAGACCGAGAAAGAUGAUGUCGAAGAACCAACUAUGCAGAGCGAAACACUGUCUAACGAAAUACAAAACACGCUCACCAAUGAGCAACAGUCGGAGUUAUCGGUAGAAAGUAAUAUUGGAAAAGUAACAAACAAAGACGCUGAAUAUAGAGAAAAUGAAUUAACCAUCGAAGAAACAGCUGGACAAGAACAUAAUUGUAAUAUCGUUCAACGUGAUUCGAACGACAAAUCAAUCGUAUCGAUAAAUGAAAACAAAAGUAUCAAUAGUCCAGAGGAUAAUAAUAUUAAAGAAUUGACUGUUCCUUCGGAAACUGGUCCUGGGGAUGCGUAUAAUUCGCUAAAUAAAGAAUCCAUAGACUCGUCAUUGGACAAAGCAAACAAUUCGAUAGAUACCGAGAACACCGAAGAGGGAAUUAAAUGGCCAGGUUCGGCUACAGAAAAAAUGGAGAGCUUGGUUUCCGAACGAAAGGACGAUUCGAAACCAGUAGGCAUCGAGCAUAAAAUAAGAAUCCUUAUGCAAACUAAAGAAGGUAUCGAGCCCAACGAUGUAAACAAUCAAAUAACUCGCGUAAAUUUAAAAGAACAACAUUUAAAAUCUGCAGAAGAAAAAUUGGUGAUCAAUUUGGAUAACGAUGUUACGUGUAUUGAACCUGAAAAAAUGAAACACGUUACAGAGGAACUUUCAAUCGUGGAACCGUAUAAAAAGUUGAAAGAACUUUCAGAAUUCAGCGAUAAACAAACGAAAUUCGACGUGAGUUUGCACAAAGAAAGUCACCUAAAUAAAGAAUUGCCAGAAGUCGAUGCAUCCAUUCACUCGGUGAACGUGUUACCACUGAAAUACGACAAUAUAUCCUCGGGUACAGAUAAAUCAGAAAUAUGUAAGAAUAAUAUUUCAACUAUAUCGGAAGAUUUCAAGCCCAUGGACAAUUUACAAUUCGUAAAUUUUAUGACUGAAAAAUCCGAAAAUUUGGGUAUCAGAGAAAAUCACGAAAAGCGUAACGAAUCGCUUCACGUAAUGAAUAAGGUCACGGAAUCCCUCCCCGAGAAUAUUGUCCCGAGUGUAAACGACAGUACAGUAAUUUUCAAUGCCCAAGAUAUAGCAUCAGAGUCAGCUAUCGCGAAAAACGAUAAUAAAAAGGAAGCUAGUAAAAGAUUAAGCGACGUGUCCGAUAUCCAAGAUGUUCCUCCGUUAAAGUCUAAACCUCCUUAUACGGAAUCAAACGAACAAGUAUUGGAUCGUUUAACUAGUUCCGAAGUGCAAUUGGAUACAAAUUUGGAUAGUUGUAAACAGGCAGAGGUACCCGUAAAUGAAGCUGAAGUAAGCGGUGGGACAAUGUCCGAUACAGGUGUAACAGCAUUAAGGAAAGAUGAUCCGAGUACAGUUGUCAAUGUAGCAGAUAAUGCAUCGAACCAAGUUCAACAGAAGAGCAGCGUCGUCGAUAGUAAACAGAAGGUACGGAGAUCGGAAAUUCAAAGUAUCGAGAUCAAAGAAAUUUCUUUGUCAUCGGAUGACUCUAUGGGAGCAGACAACGAAAAUCUAUUUGAUACAGCUCCCGAAGAAGUUGAUCCUUUGGCGUGCACCGACGAAGAUACGUUAAGAAAGUUAGGCGAUAACGAGCAAAAUGAGGUACCCGCGCCAAAAAUGGGCUUGCGAGUCAAGCCUGUAUCCGAACUUAUUUAUGACGGAUGGAAAUUAGAUUCUAUGGAAUCACCAAAAGUAUCUCGGAAACGGCGUAACAGCUCUCACGAGUCUAACUCGGAAGACGUCCGGACUAAACAAGAAGAUGAAAGUAUGAUGGGAGGCAAAAGAAUAAGACUACGCGGAAAACGUAUCCCUGAUAAACAAUUGCGAAAAUCUAUAGAGGAGAGUCGCGUUGUAACGAUAAGUUCGGAGGACGAGGUCGUGAAAUGUAGCCCUGUGAAAUUUGAAGGACAGAAAAUUCAGAAUGUUAGCGAUGACCAAGGCACUCCUCAUUCGGUUAUGUUCGAAAGGAAAACAAGAGGACGUCCUAGAGGAAGACGAAGGCGUGGUUACAGAGGAAACGCACGGUCGACACGACCAAAACACCUUCAAUAUGGGAGCAAUCAAGUUUCGGAAGUAUCGCCUGAGGUUCAUCUUGAAAGAACUCUAAGUAAUAAUGACGCAAACUUGAAUAUAACACCGAUUUCUCAGAAAAGGCGGAAGAAAAGAAAAAUGGUUUUGGGCCUCGAGGUAGGCAGAGACAUUGCCGAAGUGCAUUCCGGAUUAACGCAAGACGAAACUCCUGUCAGGCAGUCUAGAAGAAUAGCGCAAUUAAAAAUUAAAGAAGAAGCAGAUAAACGGAGGAUCGAGGACGAAAUUUUAGUCGAUUCGAAAGACAAGAAAGAUUCCACGGAAAAGAAGAAACGCAAGAAACAAAAACCGGAAAGCGAAGAAGAAGUAGUAAUAAAAGAAAUAGAAACGGACAAGAAAUCUAAAAGGAAACGUCGAAGGAGGAAAAAAAAGAAGAUGUUGGCUAAAUUUAACGAAGCACAUCCGUGGCGGAGUUCUUCGGGAUCUAGUAGCGACGAAGAAAAUGAAGUUGAAGAGGAAGAAGACGAAGAAGAGGAAAUAGAGAGCGAAGGAUCCUUACUUUUUAAAAGUGACCAUGAAUUCUCGCCAGAAAGCGAUCUUGAAAAGGAUCAGGAAUCUGAACCGUUAAGAAGAGCUAGAACUGCUCAGAAAGCUCAAAGCGAUGUCGAAGAAGCGGAUGAUGAAUAUGCUUGCCAGAAAUGUGAUAAAGCAGAUCAUCCAGAAUGGAUACUUCUUUGCGAUUCUUGUGAUAAAGGCUGGCACUGCUCUUGCCUUAGACCUGCACUGAUGCUCAUACCCGAGGGUGAUUGGUUCUGUCCUCCGUGUCAACAUAACUUACUCGUGACUAAAUUACAAGAAAGCUUAAGAUCGUACGAUCAGUUAGCGAAAAGGCAUGAAAAUGAAGUUUUAAGAAAAAAGAGAUUAGCAUUCGUUGGUAUAAGUCUAGAUAAUGUUCUUCAUAAAAACGAGUCGCAACGUCAGAAAGGAUCGAAAGCGUCUAGUCAAGAAUCUGAAUCCUCCUCUGCUUCUUCUUCUUCUUCUUCAAGUUCAGAAACUUCUAGCAGCGAGGAAAGCGAACCUGUAUACCAGUUACGCGAAAGGCGAUCUGCAAAUAAAUACAAGUUUAACGACUAUGACGCAAUGAUUAAUGCUGCCAUUCAGGACGAAGUAGAGGCUAUUCAGGGAGCUGGAAAUCAAGGAAGAGGAAAAGACAUCGCAACUAUAGUUAACGCAAAGAAAGAAGAAGCAGAGCUUCAGUUUAAGAGUGAAUUAUUAAGCGCCGAGGAGACACAAGAGAACAAGGAUAACAUGGACAAGAAAUCAGAAAAGGACAGUGACGAAGAAUAUAAGAUCGAGGGAGAGGAUGUUAUCGAUGACAAUGAUGAUCAUAAACAAGUCGUAAAAAAAUUUUUGUCCCGAAAAAAGCCCCGUAAAUUAAAUAGUCUUGAUAUAAGCAGCGAGGAUGAUCCAGAAAGCGACGAAGAUUUCAAAGGCACCAGUUCGGAAGACGAGGAAGAUUUUGAUGAUCAUGUGACAUCUUCCGAUGAAAGCACUUUUGCUGACACAAAACGACGCGGUAAAAGAGGAGAUUCGCGAUCGGUACGAAGAAGUACCAGGGCCAGGACUAUGCGUUACGAAGAAGACUUUAUUGACGACGAUAGCGAGGAAAGCGAUAGACCGAAAAGGAAAAAAUCUCGAUCUGCAUGGGAUUCAGAUAAUGAAGAUAGUGAUAAUUCGUGGCGACAGAAAAAGAAAAAAAGUAAAACUCUAUCAACAUCCAGACAUAAGACGUUACCGAAAACUAAGAGUAAAAAGAAAAAAAAGAGAAAACGUAUCAUUGAAUCAGAUAAUCAAAGCGAAAACGACGAAUCAAUCGAAGGAUUAAGAAUUGAAGCGCAAUGUGAAGCGCAACGGCAGUUAGAAGUAGAGGAACCCACAAUACCUGAAGCCGUAGAUAUCAAACUUGAAAAUGCAACCGAAGGUAACGACAACAUCGUCGCUCACGAGGCGAAAGAUACAAGAUUAGAGGGAAUAAAGUCUGAACUACCUCAAGUAUCAAUCGUUCCACUAGUAGACGAACUAGGACAGCAAAAGAAAAAGAAAGAGAACAUAACGAAACCAAAGAAGACCACGACCAUUCGGAGAAAAAUCAUUUAUGGUGGUCUUCCAGACGAAAACAAACCGGAAGAAGAAGAAAUAUUAGGUAGACGAACUCGAGGUAGAAAAAUUAAUUAUCAAGAAGAAAUCGCGACGGAUAGCGAAGAGGAAUUAAAGAAGGCAUUGAGAAGAACUGGUGAAAGCGAAGAUGAGUUUAUCGUGAACGAAGGCGAAGAUGUUAUCGAGGAUAUUGACAAAGGUUCAGACUCAGGUGACAUUUACAAUCCAAAAAAGGAUGGUCACAAAUCAAAAAAUAAAUCACCAAAAAGUAGGAAACCGAAGAAAAGCAAAAGUCCAGGAGUUAAACGAAAAAUGGUAAGCGAUGGAACGCCAAAACAGAGAAAAAAACCUGGUCCAAAACCCGGUAGUAAGAAUAAAGCGCGAAAGCAAAACUUUUUGGUUGGUUCUGUAAUUCAAAAAAAAGAUGACCAAGAUGGGGAAAAGGAUAUCAUGGCUAAUGUCAUUGACAAUCCUAUAGGAGAGAUAGAUUCAAAAAUUGAUGACAAUCUUUCAGAAAACGUAGGAUUGACUGGUACGACAAUGUCGGCGGCAGGUUCAUUUACUGGGGAUGUUCCAGAUGGUUCCCUAACGGGACUCGGACCCGGCGAAUUAGCCGACUUAGAUGACGAACAACUAGAACAGAUGAUGAUGGAAGACGAAGAAUAUGGUAGACGACAAUUAGAGCUUGCAGCUAUUGAAAUAGCAAAAAAGAAGAAGAAAGAAGAGCGGGAAGCUAAAAAAUUGGAGAAGGCACGAUUGAAGGCAUUGGAAAUAUUAGCAGCUGAGAGGCAACGCGACCCUAAUGCACCGGAAGGAACCGACGGAGAGGUACCAAAAAAGAAGAAGAGAGGUCGUCGCAGCAAAGCUGAAAUUCUUGCAGAACAAAUGCGCAGAGAUGGGGCUCCAGACCUGAACGCUACCGUUUUACCUGUUAGCGUGCCGCAGCCCAUAGCGAGUAAUAUUUCACCCACUAUUACUCCUACUUUGUCUACAAUUAUGACGCCAGAGGCUGAAAGAUCAAGCGAGGGACACAUUCCCAUGAUGACAGGACCAGAUGGACAACUCUUCAGCCCGGACUGUUCUCCGAUGAAACCUAAACGAAGAGGGCGGGGCAAGGGUAAAAAGACUCUUGCGCUAGAAGCAGCUAGAGCCGCAGAAGCAGCAGCGAAGGGUGUCGUCGACGUUAGUUUAAUGGGCAUGAGUACCGACUCGAAUCCAGAAAUGAAACCUGGUGACAUACCAAACGUACUUCCUACACCAGGCAGUAGCACCUCUGGCUCGGCUCCGUCCACGCCACCUGCUGGUAUCGUUACGACACAAGGACCGCCCUCUUCGCAAACUCCGACCUCGCAACCUGUCUACCCGUCGUUACCGCCCAACAAUCAACAACAGUCUUCCGUUAUCACCAGAAUGCUUCAAUCUCAGCCCGUGUCGAGUAGUCCGCAAUCAUUCUCCGCAGCAGCCGCAGCGAUGGGGCACAAGUAUUUCGGAGGACCAAACGCCGCGAGUCCGAUAAUGGGCGGACCCAGAACUGGUUAUGAAAUGCAACCUCGAGGCAGGAUUCCUUCGCCGUACAGACAAGCGGGUCAACCCUCCAUGCCACCUCACUUUGCGGCUGUGAGAUCAGGUACUCCGCCCAUGCGAAUGAGAGUAUCCGGUCCUCAAUUGUAUCAUACGCCUCAUCAUCCAAUGGAUCCGUCUCCGUCAGGCGGUGGACCAAUAUCGAUCAACAAUCGAGAUCGCAGUUCUCCACUCGGACCUGGACCAGCGAUGAUUCCGCCAGCCGCCGGAAGUCCUCUGGCCAAAGGUGGUCCCACACCUCCUCCGCCUCCUCCUUAUGUCAGGGGUCCUCCUCCUCCGUUGUCCAGGUUCGCAGACAAUCCAAUGGGUCCCAGGCAUCAAAUACCACCAUUCACGAAUGCUUCACCGGUUAACCAUAAUAUGCAACAACCCUCGCCACCUCCCAAUCGACCACCUGGCAACUUCUCACCGUAUCAUCCACCCCCACCCCCUAAUUAUCACUACGGUGCCUACCCACCUCCACCGCCAAUGUCCACGGCAGACGAUGCGGCUGCAUACCAAGGUUCUCCGUACCCUGCAGACCACUUCUCGUCUCCCGCGGAUAACCAGCCGCCCAUUCAAGCGCCACCGCCUCCUCAACCUCCUCCGCCUCAACAGCAAGCGCAUCCAAACGAUGCCGGCGCUGGAAGUAAACAAUACGACGAAGAAGGUUCCGGAGAAUUCGGUGGUUUGGUAUCUUACUUUAGUAGCCAGAGAGAGGACGAUCUUGAUUCGUAGCAUGAGUGAGAUCUUGGCCAACCCUGAAUCGUUAAGUAGAAUGCGGUGUGUGUUAUACAUGCGUAUUUUAACGGUCCAGGUAAGAUCGCAACUUUUGCUCGAGAGGGACGAGUACAAGAGAAACAUAAAAAGAGUUUAGUAACGUGUAAUGGAAUCGUAAAUUUAAAAAAAUAAAAGUAGAUAUAUAUAUAUAAAUAUAUGUCCGGGCAUUGGAAUGUUUGAAAUAAUGAAAGAAAGAGUAUUUGCAUAACAUUAACGAUAACGGUGUACGUUCUAGCAUUAUUUUAUACUAAUGCGUACUGUAAUGUUUUAAAACUUAAGAAACGCGUAGAGUUAGAAUCGUCUUCCUCUUCGACCUCUUAAGCAAAAAGUUGUUUGAAAUUGCGAACUUUUAGAAUAAAAAUUAGAUCGAAAGAAACGAACGCCGCCGAAACCAAAUCCAAGGUUGGCCAAGCAAGGAAAAGGGAUAAAUAUAUUAUAUCGCUAACAAUGGAGCCUAUUUCCUAAGAGUUAUAAGCUUUUUGUAAUUAGUUCGAGUUUGAUUAAAUUUAUAUGAAGCAACCGACCACGCGCUAAUAGCAACGUAAACGAGAAAGAAAAAAAGAAACCAAGUUGCGUUACGCUAGAGGAAAGAUUACACAAAGAUCUGACCAGAUUUUAACUAUUAACCCUAUUAGUAUUCACAGAUGAAAUUCGUGCACAGUUACAUCCGAAUCCGUCGUAGGUGUGUAGGUGUCCCUUCCCAAAUAAACGUUUACUGUUGAUGAAGUCGAUCUUAGUAGUAAUUGAACAAAAACUAUUAACAAAUUCGGACUAUGCGCCGUUGUUACAUGUAUAUAUGUACAUACGAUAAGUCCUUUAGAUUAUAUUACAUGUAUUAUAUAUAUAUACACACACACACACACACAUCCAUACAUACAUACAUACACACACAUACAGUCACGCAGAAUACUAUAAACUGAAUUAGUGCAAAGGGCACAAAUGUAAUAUUUAAAUCUUAAAAAAAAAAAACGAAAAGAAAACGGCAUCCGAUUAUAAUAAAUUAACAAAUGGUGUGAAGACUACUACUAUAAUUAUUUAUAAAGAAAAGAUUAAGAAUUUAUGAUAGGUAGUAUAAUAUUGUAUUUUACAAAUUUUACUUGAUAAUUAUAUUAAAGAGAAAAACAAACAAACAUUGAAUAUAGUUACAUUAGAGAACAGGAGGCUGUUGAGUCCAAUUUUAAAAAGUCGCGGGACAAAGAGAAAGAGUUGGGAAUUGAACGAAAAUCAACAUGUCAAGCAUAUAAAUAAUUGACAAAUAAUUGAAAGCUGUGAAAUUUUUAUUCUAUGGUGGUGUGCAAUUACAAAUACAAUAAUUAUAUUUGCCUACACGUCCAUGUAUGAUUUUCUAAGCACGUGCAAUCAUAUUGACGAAAACUAACCACUUUAAAAAAAAAAAAUUAAUGUAUAAAUUGAAUUCAAACACAGCUUCGAGAAAUUCCUCUUCGUUGAAUCCUUUCCUUGGAUAUUAAACUUUCGUGAAAAUAUUAACGAUAACUGGAAACUAACUCAAUUCGAUUAAGUAAUUCGCUGAUCAGAUAUACUUAAAAACAAAGUGAGAAAACAUAUUUUCCAAAAAGAAACAGAGAUGUUAUCUCUGUUUACUGUUUAGUUUUCGUUAGGCAUACAACAGCCUCCUGCUCUUUGAUCGAUUCGCAAAGCUGGUAGUGUCUUUGCGCCACAAAAAUCGUGUAUCUGUUUAGUUAUCACACGUACGUGCAUACCUAAUAUAAAUAGAAGUUAUAUAAAUAAAAAAAAGAAAAUACAUUAUCUUAGGAUUAGCUGCUUGGGAUAGUUUCCUUUAUUCGUCGAACGUUUAACGAUCGAAUUGAACGAUUAUACACCAUUACACGCCGUAUAAUGUAAUAGAGAGUUUACUACUGCUAAUUUUAUUAUUUUUACACCUAUACGAUAUAUUUCAGUUGUAUACUGUUUAAUGUACAAUCUCUAUUGUCUUCUUUAAUUAUAACGUGUGUCUUCGGACCGUUCGUUUUUAGGGUGCGCUUCAAGGAAAAUGCGAAUUCCUGUGUGUCUUCGUUCGAUCGAACGCUCGAAUGGUCGUUAAUAAUCGAGUACGUUUCUACAAAGUAUUCUUACAUACAAUUCGUGGCUGCGUCAUGUAUCAAUCCUAAAACUUAAUCUCUUUGAUAGAAAAGAAGAAAAAAAAAUAAACUAAACACCGUGAACAUAUAUGUAAGAGAACUUUAAAAUUGUUCGAUAUGUCCGAAGACUCGUUUUUUAUCCAACUUUUAAUCUCACCGAAUAAAAAGAAAAGAAAAGAAAAGAAAAUACGCGAAAUCGAUUUUUCCAGACGAUGUAUAAGUACAUCCAUAUACAUAUAUUUAUAUUGCUUUUAUGCAUGGCACAUCCGCAUUUAGUGGAAUUCUAUAUAUUUCGUACGAAAUAUAUAUUUGUGAUAUAAAACACAGUGAUUCGAUCUCAAAACUGGAUAAACGUUUCAAACGUAAUCUAUAGUAACUCAAAAGAGAUGCGUUAAUUUUUGCAUGUGUACCAAACAUUUUCGCAUUUACGAGUGUUUCCUUGAAACGUAAACUGACGAAGUGUCUUGUCAAGACAACAGUAAAUGUGGUGCAGUUUAGCUUUUCUUUUCAUAAGGGUCUAGACCAAACGCAAUUAUUAUAUUACAUGUUGUAGCCUAAAUACAAACAUUUUGUAAUAAAAUUCAAUAUAUUGAAAUAA